UAAGAACAUGACUGAUUAUUCAUUCAUCCGAUGUCAUGAAAUACCCACUCCUUCAAUGAAUGUAUCUUCCUUGAUUUGACCUAAUACUUGUGCUGAAAAACCACCAAAAGCGAUUUUCAGCCCACACCCACACCACCUUCCUUGGUCUUUAUUGUCCUUAUUUAUCAGAACUGUAAAUUCCAUACCUCAUUUUAGUUCUAAAGCUAUGUGAUUCCCUAGUGCACUUUGUCUUUUUUCUUUGAACAUUUAUGUUCCAAUGAAUGGAAGCUCCAUCAUUCUGUACACGUGUUCCCUUUGCAGUGAAAGAAAGGAGGCUUCCAGGUUUUAAACUUGUAAGACUAUUUUUUGUCUGGUAAUGGUGAGAAUUUGAUAAAUAUGAUGAUGACGAUGAUGGUUGUCACUUCUCUGCCGCAACUACCUUUGAAAUAAAAAGCACACCUAAGUGCUGGACUUCUUGUGCUUCUUUUUUUUCCUUUUACACUGUUGUUUUUCCAGAGACAUAAUAAAGAGAAGAAGACAUCAAAGACUUGCAGUGGGAAUACUUUUGACAAAAAGAAAAACUAUGGAACGUUACGAGAUUGUGAAAGAUAUAGGAUCUGGGAAUUUUGGUGUGGCCAAGCUUGUUAGAGAUAGAUGGACAAAAGAACUCUUUGCUGUUAAGUUCAUUGAGAGAGGCCACAAGAUUGAUGAACAUGUGCAAAGGGAAAUCAUGAAUCAUAGAUCAUUAAAACAUCCCAAUAUUGUUAGAUUCAAAGAGGUUCUUAUUACACCUACACAUCUAGCCAUAGUCAUGGAGUAUGCUGCAGGUGGAGAGCUCUUUGAGCGCAUAUGCAGUGCUGGUAGAUUUAGUGAAGACGAGGCAAGGUUUUUCUUUCAGCAAUUGAUAUCAGGAGUCAGUUACUGUCAUUCCAUGGAAAUAUGUCACAGAGAUCUUAAGCUUGAAAACACUCUCCUCGAUGGCAGCACCGCACCGCGUGUCAAAAUAUGUGAUUUCGGGUACUCAAAGUCAUCUGUGUUGCAUUCUCAACCAAAAUCUACUGUAGGAACACCGGCUUAUAUAGCCCCCGAGGUUCUCUCCAAGAAAGAAUAUGAUGGCAAGAUUGCAGAUGUUUGGUCCUGUGGAGUCACCUUGUUUGUUAUGUUAGUUGGGGCAUAUCCCUUUGAAGAUCCUAAUGAUCCCAAAAACUUCAAAAAUACAAUUGGGCGAAUACUCAGUGCUCACUACUCGAUUCCGGAUUAUGUCAGAGUUUCCAUGGAGUGCAAACAUCUUUUAUCUCGGAUAUUUGUGGCUAAUCCUGAAAUGAGAAUAACUAUACCAGAAAUUAGAAGCCACCCUUGGUUCUUAAAGAACUUGCCAAUUGAACUGAUGGAAGGUGGAAGUUGGCAAAGCCAAGAUGUAAAUAACCCUUCACAAACCAUUGAAGAGGUACAGUUUAUAAUACAGGAGGCCAUGAAAACGACUGAGGUCCCCAAGGUUGGGGAAUUUUCCAUGGGAGGAAGCAUGGAUCUUGAUGAUUUGGAUGCUGAUACAGAUCUUGAUGUAGAUACAAGUGGUGAUUUUGUGUGCCCACUAUGAACUAAAACUAAACAAAUGUGAUCUCUCAUUGUUAUACUAAAGAAGUUUCUGUGAAA